AAUCUAUCUUUGCUGCGCAGUGAAGAAAGCGGUAACCAACUGCAGGGCAUAUCUUUUCAGCAUCUGAACUUCUACCAAAAUGAGCUGAGGUCUUUUGACAUUAUCCCUGGCUGCUGUAACGUAUUAAGUUAUCAUGCAGGAGAUGUUUCCCCAGUUUGAGGAGGGUACCCGGGUGACCGGCCUGGGGCAGCCCUGGACACUGGGGAGGGUGUUGGGCAUGGGGCGGUGCGCCAAGGUAUACCAUAUGUCCACCGACCAGGAUAGCUUUCAGGCAGCAGUCAAGGUCUACCGUAAAGAGGAGAAAUAUCGACUGGCCUUUAUUAAGGAGAUGUGUAACCUCAAUGCUGUCUAUGGGGACAGACGAGUCAUUUCAGUUUAUGGCACUUUUACCCAUAAGGGACACCCCUGUCUGGCAAUGGAACUGCUCGACUUUAAUCUCAAGGAAUUCAUCUACCGCAGUGAAAAUUGUCGAGUUAUUCUCUCCAGUAUUCCUACAACCAGCAACCAUUCCAAAAACCACUCCAGGGUUGUAAGCAAUGUUCCAUGCAACAAUAACAACAAUGACAUCACCAGUGGUACCGCAAACCACAAGGACCAUAAGAAAGGGAAAGGACAAGGCAAAGAGAAGAAGACGGCUCAAAGUGGAAGAAGUCAUGGUAGAGUCAGGACAGCAGAUCACACAGAGGGCAGCGGGAGGUGUGGAACCAGGAUGCAGACGAGGAGAGCAACUGCCCAGCGAGCUGCCGGUCUAAGGAGCAAGGGUAAGGAUAGUGAUCAUGGGUCAACGAGAGCUCCUGACAGCAGCACCGCUCUUGCCUCAAAUUCAGGUAGAGAUAGCAGGACUCACUCAGGGACUUUGAAGAACACAAAGAAAGAUAACGCUGAAGAAGAUGACGGAGAGGAGGAUGAUCUUGCUGAUCACCAAGAAGGCAAUCAGGGAGCAAGUGAGGAGGACGUAGAAGAGGAGGAUGAUGAUGAUGAGGAUGCUUCCAGUUAUGGUCUCUCGCUCUACUUGAUCCAGCAGCUGUUGAGAGAUAUAGCAUCAUGUUUGGAGUUUGUUCAGAGGUGUGGCUGGGUCCAUGGUGACCUCAAACCAGCCAAUAUCCUGUGGAGCUCACAGGAAGGCAGCUGGAAGAUUGUGGACUUUGGACAUAGUUUUCAGGAAGGACGCCAAGAUUUCAGCCAGAUUCAGAGCUUAUGUUACCAAUCCCCAGAGGCCAAGGUGUGGAAUAGUUUUGUGAGUAGCCUAGGCAACCAGAAAGUGGUGCACAAGAUGAGCGCUGUUGAUGAGGGCGUUACAGAGUGCACUCACGCAGCAGAUAUAUGGAGUCUGGGCUGCGUCAUAGUGAGGGCGUACACCGGGAUGAAGCUCUAUGGCCAGGAUGAUGUGCUCCCUGGAGCCUGCUUGCAAUGUCGGAUAUCUUGUUCUAACACUGCCUGUGAAUGUGAGCCACUCAUAGAAAACCUUUUCAAACCAAAGAUGACCAACCCCAAACUCUCCCCUAUCCGCCAAGCAGCUGUACAUCAUCUAUCAGAUCUUGUUAAGAGCAUGUUACAAUGUGACAUCGCAAAGCGUCCCUCCGCAGCAGAGAUUCUGACCCACCCUUUCUUCUCCAAUGAACUGACCCCAAGUGCCAAAGACCUUCUGCUUCUACCAAUGAGAACCCUUCGCCUGUCAAACCUUGUCUCCUCCAAUGUGGAUCUGACCAAUCAAAAAGUGUUUCACUCUUUAUAUCAGGAUAUCAAACGUGAGUGCCUCAAAUUUGGACCAAUCAAAUCACUCCUCAUUCCUAAAGCAGGACCAGGAAAAGGCACAGCCUUUAUUGAGUUUGAGGAUUCAGCAAACACAAAGUCAGCACUAAACGCCCUCAUCGGUCAGAAGCUCUUCAACCAGCCCGUUCUCAUCUCCUUUUUCCCUGUGGAUGACUUCACUGCCAAACGAUUCUACUGAUCUGGAUUAAUUGAGCUGAGAUUGUAGAUCUAUUUUGACCAAAGUGGGUUCGCCCAGACUUCCAUCUUUCUAUUGGAAACCAGUUUUAUGGAAGAUUUUAUGGUCUGCAAGCCUUUCCACUGCAAUGAUCCUACGUGAGAUUAUAGUUGUCAUUCACAGUGAUUGCCUUUAAUUUGUUUCUCCAUAUUUCUAAUGGCAUGAUCAGUGUUAUGGAAGAGUUAGAUCCUUUCCUGCACAUCUACUGAACUGGUUCAGUAUGAUAACCACAGUGAGUUUCUUUUAAUUCCAUCUUAUAAUGUUAAGACCAGUUUAUACAGAGAUGUUAUAAUCCUUCCACAGUUACAAUUGUAAAUGUUAGUAGUUUAGCUUUUGUUUGUUAAAAAAGGUGUUUUGUUUUUGUUUUGAGUUGUUUUUUUUUGCUACAGAUUUUAAAUAUAUUUUUUGUAAUAUUUUGUGUUUACAGAUAGUUUUAUUGACAUGAGCAUACAUCUGCAAUUCUAGUUGUAGGCUAAGACUUACAUGUACAAACAUUCUUAUGCAACAGUAAUUCAGCUUAGAAAGGAUAACCAACAUUAAAAUGGUGUAUUAUUGUUUAGUUUUCUUUUAAAUAUUAUAUCUUAUUCAAGAAUGCAAUUUAGGUUACCAGUAUCCUUUAAGUAGGUUUAUCACUUGUUAAUUUGGUCAAACUUAAAUUAUUGUUUUGAUUAAAUAGUUUGCCUUUUUAAUGGAGGUUCCUGAAUUCAUUUUGAUGUAAAUCUAUCAGUCUCAUCAAAAAUAGAAAUUGUAAGAUUUUUUAUGUCAUUCAGAUUAGUUCAGUUUUAUUUUUGUUCCUCUGUGAAAACGCUUUUUUUUGUGUAUGUGUGUGUGUGUGUGUCUUCUACAUGUAAAGCCUACCUUAGAACAUGUUUUUACCAAAAAUUUGUUGAAUUAAGUUUUUUUUUCCCCUUUUUUAAGCAAACUAUAUUUCCACGAUUUAUUUUGUACAUGCUCUGUUUUUAAUGUUAUUAUAUUUAAAUCAAAUACACUUGUGCAUUUGAAUUGUUUUCAUUACGUUAAAGGGGAAGUCCACCCUGAUAUUAUGUUGGUUUUUAAUAAAA